AUGAAAAAGUUCGACGAUUCUCUCGACGCCGUAUGUUCAAAGUUCUCAACGUGUGCUUGGACAGAAGCUAUAAUCGAGAGACUAAAUCGUCAUCCAAUUUGGCGCACCCAAAAAUUUUAUUCACCAAACAAGUUUGUUUGCGGGGUGUGCAUGAGAGUCAGCAACUGCAAUACGAUGGUUGAUGUUCAAGGACAUUCAUAUGAUCCGUCAAACUUUGCGAUCAUGCGAGAGAGUGGAAAUAUUCCAGGAUCACUAUUUGUGGCCUCGGAAUAUUGCUUGCAAAGAGGAGCCAGAUACCACCAAGCGAAACACUUCAAAUAUUACAUGGCGAUAAAUUUAAAAGGAUCCUCCGAUUGA